GGUGGCAGCGGCGGCGGCGGCGGCUGCCGCGACGGUGGCGACGGCCGCAGGGACUCGGAGCUGAGAGGAGCUGCUGCUCGGACCAGCGCGGUUAUAUUUCACACUAUGUGCUGACUGUAUCUACAGAAGAUAUUUAAAAAAAAGAUAAACUUUUUUCCAAGAUUUUGAUUCCAGUGGAAUCUUUGCUUUAGAUUUUUUUUUUGUGUGUGUGUGUGCGUGUUAGUGAAUUGUAACUCCAGAAGCAAUGCCUGUACAAGCUCCACAAUGGACGGAUUUCCUUUCCUGCCCAAUUUGCACUCAGACUUUCGACGAAACAAUUCGAAAGCCCAUCAGUUUGGGCUGUGGCCAUACUGUCUGCAAAAUGUGCCUGAAUAAACUCCACCGUAAGGCUUGCCCAUUUGACCAGACCACUAUCAACACGGACAUUGAGCUUCUUCCUGUGAACUCAGCAUUACUGCAGCUAGUGGGGGCUCAGAUCCCUGAGCAACAGCCCAUUACUUUGUGUAGUGGGGUUGAAGAUACAAAGCAUUAUGAGGAAGCCAAGAAAUGUGUAGAAGAAUUAGCAUUGUACCUGAAACCACUCAGCAGUGCGAGAGGUGUGGGUCUGAACAGCACUACUCAGAGUGUUCUGAGUCGCCCAAUGCAAAGGAAACUUGUGACUCUGGUUCAUUGCCAGCUAGUGGAAGAAGAAGGCAGGAUCCGUGCUAUGAGGGCUGCUCGAUCUCUAGGUGAACGCACAGUUACAGAGCUCAUUCUCCAGCACCAGAAUCCUCAGCAACUCUCUUCUAAUCUCUGGGCAGCAGUCAGAGCUAGGGGCUGCCAAUUCCUUGGACCAGCAAUGCAGGAGGAAGCUCUGAAGCUGGUCUUGCUGGCCUUGGAAGAUGGUUCUGCAUUGUCACGGAAAGUGUUGGUUCUCUUUGUGGUGCAAAGACUGGAGCCACGUUUUCCUCAAGCCUCUAAAACCAGCAUUGGGCAUGUUGUUCAGCUCCUCUAUAGAGCCUCCUGCUUCAAGGUCACCAAACGUGAUGAAGACUCUUCUUUGAUGCAGCUGAAAGAAGAAUUUAGGACUUAUGAAGCUCUGAGACGAGAACAUGACUCCCAGAUAGUGCAAAUUGCUAUGGAAGCUGGCUUAAGGAUUGCACCAGACCAGUGGUCCUCUUUGCUUUAUGGGGACCAGUCUCACAAAUCUCAUAUGCAGUCUAUUAUUGAUAAGUUGCAGACCCCUGCCUCUUUUGCACAGAGUGUUCAGGAACUAACAAUUGCUCUCCAGCGGACUGGAGACCCAGCGAAUUUGAACCGACUAAGACCCCAUUUGGAGCUACUAGCCAACAUUGACCCUAGUCCAGAUGCUCCUCCUCCAACAUGGGAACAGCUAGAAAAUGGACUGGUUGCUGUACGUACAGUAGUCCAUGGACUGGUUGAUUAUAUCCAGAACCACAGCAAAAAAGGAGCAGAUCAACAACAGCCUCCACAGCAUAGCAAAUACAAAACAUACAUGUGCCGAGAUAUGAAGCAAAGGGGAGGAUGCCCUCGUGGUGCCAGCUGCACGUUCGCACAUUCACAGGAAGAACUGGAAAAAUUUCGUAAAAUGAACAAACGUCUGGUCCCCAGAAGACCCUUGAGUGCCUCUUUGGGUCAGCUUAAUGAGGUGGGCCUGCCUUCAGCACCUGGACUUCCCGAUGAGAGUGCCGUGGAUUUGUCCAGCAGAAAACCUCCUGCACUCCCAAAUGGAAUUGUAUCAUCAGGGAGCACAGUGACACAACUGAUUCCACGUGGGACAGACCCCAGCUUUGAUUCUUCUCUGAAACCAGUAAAGCUAGACCACCUGAGCAGCAGUGCUCCAGGGUCUCCUCCUGACCUGCUGGAAUCUGCCCCUAAGAGUAUUUCUGCCUUACCUGUGAAUCCACAUCCUGUACCUCCAAGGGGACCAGCAGAUCUGCCUCCCAUGCCUGUCACCAAACCAAUUCAGAUGGUACCUCGAGGCUCUCAGCUAUAUCCAGCACAAGCAGAUGUUUAUUAUCAGGAUCCUCGAGGAAGUGCCCCAGCUUUUGAGACAGCACCUUAUCAGCAGGGUAUGUACUAUACUCCACCGCCAUGUGUGUCCCGCUUUGUCCGACCUCCACCAUCUGCUCCUGAACCUGGUCCUGCAUACUUGGACCAUUAUUCACCCUACCUCCAAGAUCGUGUCAUAAGCUCUCAGUAUGGCACACAGCCACAACAGUACCCACCGAUGUACCCACCUCACUACGAUGGCCGCCGUGUAUACCCUGCUCAGUCUUAUACAAGAGAGGAGAUGUUCCGGGAAAGCCCUAUACCCAUUGACAUUCCAUCUGCAGCAGUGCCAUCCUAUGUACCUGAGUCCAGAGAGCGAUACCAACAGGUAGAGGGUUACUACCCAGUGGCUCCUCAUCCAGCUCAGAUCAGACCUUCAUACCCCAGGGAUCCUCCUUAUAGUCGGCUUCCUCCUCCCCAACCCCAUCCCAGUCUGGAUGAGCUGCAUCGAAGGCGGAAGGAAAUAAUGGCCCAGCUAGAGGAAAGAAAAGUCAUCUCUCCGCCUCCUUUUGCACCUUCACCAACACUUCCUCCUGCAUUCCAUCAAGAGGAAUUUUUGGAUGAAGACUUGAAAGUAGCCGGAAAAUACAAAGCAAAUGAUUAUAGUCAAUAUUCUCCUUGGUCAUGUGAUACCAUCGGCUCCUACAUUGGAACCAAAGAUGCAAAACCCAAAGAUGUUGUGGCAGCAGGGAGUGUGGAAAUGAUGAAUGUAGAAAGUAAAGGAAUGAGAGACCAGAGGUUGGAUCUUCAGAGAAGAGCAGUGGAAACUAGUGAUGAUGACCUCAUCCCAUUUGGAGACCGACCAACAGUAUCUCGAUUUGGUGCCAUCUCUCGAACAUCCAAAACACUGUAUCAGGGUGCUGGCCCAAUGCAAGCUAUAGCACCUCAGGGAGCACCCACAAAAUCUAUUAACAUAUCUGAAUACAGUGCAUACGGAACUCACGGUGGCUGGGGAGAUUCUCCAUACUCAGCUCAUGCAAACAUACCUCCUCAGGGACACUUCAUGGAGAGGGAGAAAAUGUCCAUGGCAGAAAUGGCCAGCCAUGGAAAACCCCUUCUGUCUGCUGAAAGAGAACAGUUACGGCUAGAAUUGCAGCAGCUGAACCAUCAGAUCAGCCAGCAGACCCAGCUGCGUGGACUAGAGGCUGUUAGCAACCGGCUGGUGUUACAGAGGGAAGUGAACACCCUGGCAAGCCAGCCCCAGCCCCCUCCGCUGCCUCCAAAGUGGCCUGGAAUGAUCUCAAGUGAGCAGCUAAGCUUGGAACUGCAUCAGGUGGAAAGGGAAAUUGGAAAGAGGACGCGGGAAUUGAGUAUGGAGAACCAGUGUUCUGUAGACAUCAAAAGCAAACUGGGUACAAGUAAGCAAGCAGAAAAUGGACGGCCAGAGCCACAGAGCAAGGCCCCCCCUGAGGACCUUCCAUUGACAUUCAGUGAUGUACCAAAUGGAUCAGCCUUGACACAAGAGAAUCUCAGCCUCCUAUCAAACAAGACCAGCUCUUUGAACCUGUCAGAAGACCCUGAGGGAGGAGGAGAUAACAAUGAUUCCCAGAGAUCAGGAGUUGUUUCCAGUUCUGCUCCCUAGAAUAUGGGCACCUGCUUCUACCUUCUGCCUCUAAUUAUUUCACGGGGCAUAGGGAUAGAAAAAUGGAUAACUUCUAAACUUUUUCUCUGAGUGGUCAGUGAAGUCCAGGAAAAGCACCGGAGGCAAUGUGCACAAACACCACUACUAAACAAACCUGCACAUAGUUCACAUUGAUGCAUUUUUUUUAAUUUUAAGAAAAAGAAAAUUAGCAGUAUCUGCAAGCAAUUCAGAUUAAAUUUGUUUUUGUUCUGUGAAUGAACUUUAUUUUAAUAACUUUGGACGCCUUGGAUCCGGGGCUUUAAAAAAAAAAAAGAAGAUAUUAUAUAUAAACUCUGUUUGAUUAAUUGUAUGAUCUUAAUGAAGUAGGUUUUUCUUGUAUUUUGGUAUUAUUACAUACCCAGUGUAUAAUUCCUUUUCCCAGUCCUUUCCAACUCUCAUAACCCUGUAAACUAAAAUAGACAAAAUGCACUGUUUCCAAGAAUUCUGUGGUAAUAGAUUGGGUUAUUAGAAACUGUGCAGCAAACUAAUUUUAUUAGCACUAUUCUUUAACCCCACUCCCCACCCCAGCCCUGUUUCUGGAUCACUAGCUUUAUGGAUACAUGUGUGUUUUUUACAACAUUCAAGCUUUUAGUGGGUAAGGUUUUAGUUUCAACUUUUCAGAGAUGUCAACAUGCAGUUGAUUGUUUGAGCCACAUUUCUGUGUUAAGGAUUCCUGGCAUUCUCUCCAUAAAAUCUGAAAGCCUAUUUGGUGUUUACAAUGUUUAGUUAGAUUUAAAUGAAGAUUAUUUUACUUUAAGAAUGAAUUCUAAAUUGGACAUAAUGGCUCAUUCCUGUAAUCCCUGGAUUUAAGAUGUUGAGGCAGGAGAAAACCAGAAUAAGAAGAAAAGAAAUGAGCUUCAACUUGUUCAUAGUGAAAAUAGGCGAUUCCAGUUCUCCUAUGUUGAGCUCAUGUUAGAAAAUUCAAGCUGUGCUUACAAAUUAAACUUCUCUUGAAACCCUAGAAGGGAAAAACCAGGACAGCGAACCAUAUUCUAAAACUUGGAGAUGGCUCAGCAGAAGAGAGAGCACUGGCUACGUUCCCAGGUUCUUCCCAGCACCACAAGGUGGCUCACAACUCCACUUUCAAGGGAUCUGACACCCUUUUCUGGCCCUUGUGACCAGCAGACACACAUAGGUGCAUGUGCAUACAUACAGGCAAACCACACAUAUGAAGAGAAAUUUUUAAUUAAAAUAAAACUUAACAUUUGAUGUGAACUUCAGUAAACAAGGACACAUUAUUUCAGUGGAAUUCUUGUUUUCCUUUCAAAAGCGUAAAAGAUUUGGCAGAAACUGAGUCUUCAGGAUAGUUCAUGCUUUGAUCACUUGUCAGUACUCAGAAUUAUUAACAUAACUAUAAAUAACUUGAAGUAGUUUUUUAUAGACCUGGCUUUCUGACAUUAAAAAUGUUUAUGAAAAUGUUGAAGAGUGAGGAAGAAUUUGUAUUUAGUUCUGCUGCACAUAUUCUAAUGCUACCACUGUAUGCUUAAUUUACUAAGCCCCUCUAAAAUGAGUUCAGCAGGGCACCAUUUCGUAGAACCACUCCAUCCCUCUGAUUGCCUGAUGUCAGUUUCCCUUUCUAGAUGAUACUUCUAAACAAGAAAGCACUGGUUAUGUAAUAAGUUACUGCAUUGCUUUGGUUGGGUAAAAGCAAAAGUUUAUAUUUUUCUUAUUUCUAAUAUUCUUAACCCUUAACUCUUGCUGAGGUCAGAGUCACCUCAGUCUAAGCUCUGUGUCCAUCAUCUUGUUAACUGAAACAAGUGGGUGGGGGUGGGAUAGGAAUGGGAUAGGGUGGGAAGGGAAAAUAGUCCUGCCAUUGCCUACCAGUAGGAAAUCCAAACAGAACACUCAUUUGAGUAGCGAUUAUUUAAUUUGCCCAGUCAAGGCACCGUGUUUAUAUACUAUUUCACAUUGAAUUUGAUUAUGCCCUACAGACCUGGCUGGUCAAGGAUUUGAUAUACACAUAUUGGCUUGGGAUUCGAGCUUUCUUUUUUAUUUAAAUAAAAAUUUAUAUAUAUAUUAUAUAUAUACAUAUAUACAUGGCUAUAUCUGUAUAUAUAUUGGGUAUGUUUUAAAGAUUUCUUGGCAUGAGCGCAGCUGUUGCAUUAAGAUGACUGAUUGGGAGGUAGAGGCACCGAAUGACGGUGAGGCAUUUCUCAGUUGAUGCAUACAUUUUCCUUUUAAUUUUAAAUACACAUUUGUACAUUUGCUUUUUUGGGCCUUUUUUUUUUUUAAGAUAAAAUGUCUCUUACAUUUAUACUUUACUCAUUAUUUAUUGAGAUAAGGAGAGAAAUGUUAUGUCUGACAGGAUUUUUCUUUUUCUGCAUAUCUAUAAAACGCCACAUUAUUGGCCUCUUGCCUUCAGUAAACAGAUUUGGUGGAUCAUAUCUCCUUUGGACAUUUCAAGAUAAUUCCUAAUUCUUAGGAGCAGAUGGGUUGUUGUUGUUGUUGUUGUUGUUGUUGUUGUUGUUGUUGUUACUGUAGUUGUUGUUUUUAAAAUUGGAAUAACUAGGGGGAAAUCUGCAUAAUGGUUUUCUUGGAGUUAAGAAUAAAAGUAAAUUUCAAUUGUAGUGUGUAUGGAGCCCCAAAAUGAACUCUGCUGCGGUGCACUAGUAUCCUUUUAGGUGUACUUUUAUUUAGGGAGAAAAUAAGUCUUUUAAAUGGUAGUAUGAGUUCCCCAAGCCCCUGUCUCUAUAGCCAAUCUGGGUUGGGUAGAAAGUGAAAAACUGUGCCUACAAUUUUGCUAUUUGGUCAUUUCCCUUACCGAUUUUUAGGUGGUUUUGGGGGCGGGGAGGCAGUAUUGUUUGUACCCACUGGCAGGGUUAGGGAUUCAAUAAAAACUCCCACAACUUUGAGGGGUUUUCUCCCUUUAACAAACUCAGUGUUGUGAGGCACCAGUGAACUGAAGCAUACCUUCAUGACUCUGAACUGCUGUGUCCAUUAAAAUAUGAAAAGCAUUGAUGUUUAUUUGUGACUUUAGAGUCUUAAAAAAUGAAAUCCAUCAAAUAGGAAGCAGAGCUUCUGCACCACUGCCUUGCCCUUUUAAGACAGUCUUAGCAUAUUGCCCACACUGGCUCUGAAUCAGGCUCCUCCUGCUUCAGCCUUGUGAGUACUAGAACUUGAGCUGUACCCACCAUGCUCACCGUGAUCAGCAGUGCUUUUCACUUAAAUGGUUUCUUCUGAAGAUAAUUAUUUUUUACUGUAUCCAAGAGCAAGAAUCGUCUCAGAUGACACAGACAAUUCUGGAAGGGUUACGCGGCAUUAUAUUCAUACUCGUUCAGAAACAAAGCAGUGUGUUAACUGUAGUGAAUAAAAAAGUACUUUGGCUCAUUCUGUUUUCAGUGAGUCUCUGGAAAAUGAUAAAAGAACUGAGAUGGAAUAUCUAGACUCAGUCUCCUAUUUAUACUCGGAGUCUAAAUAUGACCAAAGAACCAUUCCUUACUACUUUUCUAGUUAAACAGAACUUGUACCAUAUGUUUCUAGUAGUGACAUUCUAAUGACAUCAAUGUUCAAGACACUAUUAUUAGUAAUUACAAAUAUUCAACUACUCAGAAUGUAUAAGAACUUGUUUGGCACGUACGGCAUUAAUGUGGGUCAUUCCUUCUCUCAUCUUCCUUCCCUUGUGUUUUCCCCCCAUGUAUUUAUUCUUUUGCCUAACAGCAGAAGAUGGAUACAGUUCUCACUUGCUACUUGGAUACAUGAUCGCAUCAGACUCUCAUGAGCUUCAGUGUGGGAGCUUGAAAUUUAGUUCCUAAGUUUCCCAUGCUUGUCUUUUUUCUUUACUUCCUGACCCCUUGCCAUUCUGCAGUUUCCCCUUGACUUACCCAAUCUGUAACAGUGACAGUUUGCUGCUUCUAAACAGAGCAUUCAAAUGAAUUCGCUUAGCCAAUGACUUCUGUGAAGUUGCCUUUUCUAAUGGCGUUAUUACUCAGUGAUACACAGAUGUGGUAUUUGCCCUACUGGCAGGCAAGCAAAGGUCUGGCAAAGAAUGAUAACCUGCUAUUUCUUUAAGGAGCGCCAAAGACUUGUGCUUUACUCUGUUUUGGUUUUAGGGGAAAUAGUAGCCAUUUUGAUUAUGAAAUCUGGUAGUAUUUGUAAGUUGAUUGUACUGUGUAAAUGUCUAAAGUUAACUGUUAAGGUUAGCUGGCCUUAUAAAAAUGUAAAAGUAAUGAAAAUUUAUCAGUUUCUCUAAACCAUUAAAUAUCAUCCUUGACAAUAUUUGUUUAAGCAACCACUCUCCCUUUGGAGGAUCGUCUUGAUUAAUAGGAUCGUCUGUGUGUUUCUGUACUUCCACUUGUGCCUACAGGACAAUGUAUUUUCACUAUGGUCAAGUCCUGGGUCUGGAGAUUCUUUCUGAGCUUGAUGCUUGUGAGAAACAAUUAACUGUAGUUUCUUAGUACCUGUUGGGCUUAUGUUCAGGGACAGCUUAUUUUCACUAAAUGGGAUUCAUUUGCUAUUAUUUUUAUGUACAAAGGUGAUAGAAUGAAAUUUCACUAUAUUUUUCUUUUGGGCUUUUAAAGAAUCAAGUGAAGAGUUCAAUAUAUAAAAUCUUUGUGUAAAAACUGUCUGUAAUGAUUUAUUAAAAGAUACAUCCUAAUUAGUUCUCAAGAGGAAGUAAUGACCUUGCAAAUUAACUGCAGUAUUACACUCUUGCCCUAUAAAAGGUUCGAGUGUGUUACUUAAUUGUUAAUAUAUGCUUAUAGUGUUGAAAAGGGAUCUCAUUCCUGAAAGUAGAACUCAGAUAGGACCACCUCACUGAGACAACAGGCAAUCUACUACUGACACCAUUUUACCUGCAUGCUUGUUUUGCAGAAACAGCAAAGUCUACCUUGGACAACUGUGGCUUUUUUUUUUCUUCUUUAUAGCUCAACUUUUUAAAAUUUCCUGCUGAAAUAGCUUGCUGGGAGUUUUUGGUAAAUUGUGCUAACAUUUUUUUUUUUAACAUUCUUAAUCAGCUUUUCUGAGCCACUUCAAAGAGCUGAUUUUGUUUUGUUUGGCUUUUUCAAAAGAUAUGGGAAAUAACAUUAUUUGAAAUUUUAAGAUUCUAUUUCUGUAAUUGCUAAAGGUGUUUUCAUAAGUAACAUUUUAAUUGAUUAGCAAUUCCAGUUACAUUAAUAAAAAAAUAGGAAGCUGCCACCCCCAGGAGCAAGUGACACCUUCUAAUAAGUGUUCUCAGGAGGUAGGUUUCAGUACUACACUGAAUAAGUGGGUAAAGAGCCCUUGGAAUCCCAUUGUGAUAAAGGGACUUCUCUUAGCACUGGAAUUGUUCUUAGAGCCUCUGGAUUUCAGGCAAACACUGAAUUUCCCUGAACUUAACCUUGAGCAAAAUAACCUUCAUUUUCACAAGAAAGUAAGGCAUUGUAACCCAAGGUGGAAAACUUAAACUUUAAGACAAUACUGUGUCAGAAAAAUGUGUAUUUAGAAAAGUAAAUCCUGUGGAGUUUGUUGUCCUAAUGUAUAUUAUAUAGUAGAUAAGGUGACUGGCUUUUUGUUUUGUUUUGUUUUUUUUUUGUUUGUUUGUUUUCUUUUUUGGUAUUGAAGACUCAUUCUGGUUAGUUCUUCAUUUGGUUUUGUGUUUUGACUUUUAAUGCUCCAUAUGUGUAGACAGAGCUCACAAGUCUUUGGCUCCCGUGUUAGGUUGUACACUCAGAGUCAUCUUAGAACUGGAAACUGUCAGGUGGUCCCAGCUCCAGUGAGCACAGGAAAGGUCAAGGAAAGGAUGCAAGACUGGGUGGAUAGUGCUCUGGGGUUUGGGUGUGGUUUUGGCCUCCUUUUGAAAAUUGUCAUUUUUAUAAUUUAUUGUUGUAGCCUCUUUCUAUUCGUUGGCUAGAAUUUCACAGUGAUAUCCGAACCUCCCCAUGACGUUUUAUUAUUUUAUUUCUCUACUUACAAGCCUUUAAAGCUAUGUUUCCUGUUUAGCUAAGACAGUCCUAGAUGUUUUUUCCUAACUUUUCACUUAUCCUCUCUUAUCCUUUGUUUUCCCACCUUCUGGAUGUAAAAGGAAAAAAACCGUCACUGGUCUUAGGCCUCGGUACCUCAGUAAUGAGUCUGACUUUCCACGAGUGAUGCAGAAAGUGAACGAAGGUAAAGAGCAGACUUUUCACCCCCCUAAAGGCUCUCCAGUUGUGAGGUUCCUCUUCGUGUGUGGUCUCGUCCCUUUUCCCUCAACCCGCCCCUGCCUAUGGACAAUUGGUCUCAAGGCUCACACCAGUCUCCUGAGACAGUCUGCACUCAUUAUCACCUUUUUGGGUGGAAUUUUCUUAGUUUUUUCAUUUUGUUUUUAAAAAAUAACUUUAACAUUGAUUCAUAUUUGCUUGGGAUAGAGCUUAUGUAAUUUACCAAUCGUAUUGAUUGUAUGUGAUUGUGCCCUGCAGAGGUAUACUUAACAUAAGUAAUCUUAAGUUAGUAAAGGAGCCAUGAGAUUUGAGUCAGAAUAGAGAUGGCUUUAUGGGUAGUGUGAACCCUUCUCAGAAUCAGCUACAGAAGACAACCGUUUUAAAAGGUUUCCUACAUUCCUGUAUCUCCCUUGCCUCAGCUCCCUAUUGUUUUCUGAUGUUUUCUACCCACCUGCUCACAAGGUUUUUUAAAUUGAGCCUUAAAAUGACCGCUGACUUUUAACUGAAUGAAUUUUGUGAAAUUUUACAUUUUCCAAAUGCUUCCAAUUGAGGACAAAUGAUGGGCUGGACUUUGCCAGCCUGUGACCAACUCUUUACUGUCUGGCUGGCAGUGAGAUUUUUAUUUGGAGGCAUUAUCUUCUGAAAGUUGUUUUUGUACAGGGAAAAAAAAACCUUGCUUGAAAUGGAACAUUCCCUUUCUUGUUUGAUCUGUUUAGUGUGUCCAUUUUUAAACAGCCUUCAAAACAAAUGAGGUGGGAAAAAAAAGAACUAGGAGUGUGUUUAGGGCUACCGAACUCUGGGUCGGAAUGAGUACAUGUACCACUUGUUGCAUAUUCUUGAGAAGAUUAAGGCCUUCUCUCUUAAUUUUGUAUUAUUUGUGUGCAUGUUGUUUAUAUUAAAGAUGGCACAUUUUGUUAAAAUGCUAUUUCCUUUAUUACCUUGGAAACUGACUCAGCCUCUUGUUGCUCCUAAUUAGGGUUUAAGGCUCUUGUAAGUUGCAGAUAAAAGGAUUCAUUUUAACAAAUAGAAGGAGGUGAUUCACCUUUUGGAUUGUAAAUAUAUGAAAGUAUCUAAAGGUCUUUAUCUGCUUUCUGUCAGCAUUUAUAUUAAAUGAUAAAUUAAUGAGGA